ACUCCUCUCUCAUCCACUUCCUGUGUUUUUUUUUGUUUUUGUUUUCAUAACUUUCAACAAUGAGCCAACUUGUUCCAUUACUUAUGAACUUUGUGGAGCAGCAGGCUCGCCCACAUGUUCAGGAGAAGGUUACAGAGCAACUCAACAGCACCAGAACCGAUCUCAAGAACGAUCUUCCUAAUACGAUUAUCAACUUCCUCUCUGGGAAUGAUGGCAAUAAUGAAGGUGGGAACUCUAUGGUCUCUCAGAUCCUUUCCAAACUGGGCCCUAACUUUCCGAAUCGUCUUCGCUCUGUAACUGAUACAACUGUCGAUACUGCAAGUGAGGGCAUGGAUACUCUUUUGACCAAUGGAGUCCUCAGUAUUGCUAAAAGUGUUCUCAGCAAGAACGCACCCGAAGGUGCUGAAGGUCAAGGUCAAGAUGUUGGAGGACUCAACUUUGCUUUUUUAAAGUCUGGUAAAGAAGGCAUGGUGAAUACAACCAUGGCAGCCUCGAAACCUGUGAUUAAACAAGUGAGUGAUAACAUGGGCAACAAGUUAUCCUCCUCUAUCCCUGCUGCCAUCGGCGGAGUGAUUCAACAGUUGAUUGAUGAGAAUAGUACAGCCAAUGGGGCUUUGGGUAUGGCUGCAGGCCUUAUGUCCAAGUUUAUGGGUAGUAACAAUGCGCCAGGAAAUACUACACCUCCCAACGAUGGAGGUACCGAAGAGGAUAUCCAAAGGACAGGUGGUCAUACGGGCCGCAUCCAACAAUUGCUACAAAAUUUGCUAGCGCCCAAGAUCUUGCUUUUGCUCCAGCCUUAUUUACAAAAAUUUGAGGCCCAGAUGGCAGAGACGCUAGAAAAUGACCUCCGUACCAAAGUUUUCUCCCCUGAAUACAUCAAGCAAACCGUGCUAGCCAUGCUAACAGGAGCUGGCGGUCAAGGCGGUAGUGGUGCUGGUGCUAUUCUAGGAGGUGUCAUGAACUCAUUCUUAAAGAAAAAUAGCGAUAAUAACAAUAGCCAACAGAAUUCAGAAGGUGGAGACAAAAAUACGAAACAAGCCCUUGGAGCCUUAGGUGAUCUAGCAAGUUCAUUCUUGAAGAAUAGAAAAUGA